UCAUCUGAGGGUCUUCAGGCCUUCCCUGUCCUUCAGGGUGCUACUCAUAACACCUAUCAACCCUUGGCUUGGCAGGCCUUGACAGAACUGCGUGAUGCAGUCGGGAAAAAUGGUCUGAGCUCAGCUGAGGUGAUGCAGAUUCUCCGUUCUUUUAAUGCCAGUCUUUUGACACCCUUUGAUAUUCGGAGCUUGGCUCGGGCCCUUUUCCCACUGGUUGAAUAUGACUUCUUUGAGCAUAAAUGGACUCAGUUGGCAGUCAGAGCGGUGGAACAGAAUGUGACACUGGGUCCAGGUGAUCCUAGGUGUAUGGUUAAUACCGAUAUGCUAAUGGGAACAGGCAAUUAUACCAGGGCUGAUGGGCAGGCUGGUUAUGAGCCCUUGGUCCAGGAGCAGUGCCAGCAGACAGGCAAGGCAGCCCUGGUUCAGACCAUACAGCUGGCUACUCCACAGCAGUCCUUUGCAACUAUCGUCCAGGGAGUUGAUGAGCCCUUCCUGUGCUUUGCAGGACGGCUGACUGCUGCAAAUGAGAAGCAGUCUUCUGUUUCCAGAACCAAGGACCGGUCGCGAGGAGACGGUGGCUUCAGCUCUACUGGGCCGCCUCAGGUGUGCUGGAUUGCUGUCCUGACCAAAGACCGUCCUGAGAGGCUGUGUACCGUGUCCAUGGUUGGUGCCACGCCGUCGGAGAUUCACUCUCGUGGCCUCCGAGAUACCGGGGCCGACGUGAGCAUUCGCUUCCUGGCUGCUUGGCCCCCGCAGUGGCCUUUGACCCUGGCAAAGGCAUCGAUCUCGGGCUUAGGAGGAACGAAGCAAUGCUACGUGAGCCAGAAUCCCGUGGCCAUCACGAACCUGGAGGGACAGACAGCCAUAAUUUGGCCUCAUGUUACUGAGGUUCCUCAGAACCUCUGGGGGAGGGAUGUUUUGGCUGCAUGGGGGGUGAGAUUGGGAAUGGAUUUUUGAUUGGGGCCACUGUGAUGAAGGGCACAGAGUGUCCCACGCCUCCUUUACGGUGGCUGGUGGACAGACCCAUCUGGGAGAACCAGAUCAUCUCUCGUUGCAGGCUUCGGACGGUGAGCAACAGCCUCGAGCGAAGGUACGGGUCCGAAAUUUAGUCACCAAGCAAUUGAAAGGAUCCUAUGACCUAAUCGCUAUGGGGCAUGGGUAUGCGUGUGUGUCCAUGGACACUGGGACACGCUGGCUAUCUUCAAAGUGUGUCCGUCCUGACCUGCGACCACAGAGGCAGAAUUCGGCCAACAGGCAAGGUGGAAGCCGUGAUCAACUUGAAAGUCACCAAGUGGA